AUGGCUUCUGCCCCGGACAAUCGGAAAGUUCAGGCCUCUUCCCUUGACCAAAAGGACCAGAACCUGCAGAAUUUUCCAACUCCAAAUGUUAGUAUUGAAGAAAUUGCAAGGAUCCGACAAGAGUGUAAAGAGGAAAGUUUUUGGUACAGAGGUCUGCCUCUGUCUCUUGGAAGUAUGCUCGUUGUUCAAGGACUAGUUGCCAACGGUACUUUCAAAGCAAGCCCUAGAUUUGGACCACUGCCUAAAAUGGCACUUGCUGGUGCCUUGGGUUUUGCUGUUGGAACUAUGUCGUACAUGAGGACAUGUCAGAAGAAGUUUCAAAGUAUUGGUGUUCAUCCAUUUUUCCCCAAAUGGCACUGUCCUCAUACUUGCAAAGAAUGCCAAGCUAAGUUUGAAAAAACUGAACUGGAAAAAUCCAAGACUCCCAUUUCUUAAAGAUCUGACUGACUUAAGCAAUAGUCACGGUACCUAUUCUACUAAAGAAACAACCUCAACAUUUUG